AUGGCGGACGCAGCAGCUUUGGCGAAAGAGAACACCGCGAAAAUCGAGGCGGCCAUCAAAGCGGUUCAGGAGAAGAAACCCGUUCCUGAGAUCGAUUUUACCCUGCAUACUAUGGAAGAUGGGACCACGGUCAGCACACAAGAGAGAGUCAUCAAAGAUGUCCAAGCCCCUGCUACCCAAAAACCGACGGAUGAGCAGUUCUACGACCCGACAGAUGCCACCAAACCUAAUCUCACAUUCCUGAAGCAGCACUUCUACCGGGAAGGCCGUUUGACGGAAGAGCAGGCCCUCUUCAUCAUCCAAAGGGGAACCGAAAUUCUUCGGAAGGAGCCGAAUCUGUUGGAGAUGGAUGCCCCUAUCACAGUAUGCGGUGAUGUCCAUGGCCAAUACUACGAUUUGAUGAAACUCUUCGAAGUUGGUGGCAAUCCUGAAGAAACCAGAUAUUUAUUCUUGGGAGAUUAUGUCGACAGAGGCUACUUCAGUAUUGAGUGUGUCCUAUAUCUCUGGGCUCUCAAAAUUCAUUACCCAGAUACCCUUUGGCUACUUCGCGGAAACCAUGAGUGCAGGCAUCUCACAGACUAUUUUACUUUCAAACUUGAGUGCAAACACAAGUAUACCGAGAGAGUUUACGAUGCAUGCACAGAAUCGUUCUGUUCCUUGCCGUUGGCUGCCGUUAUGAACAAGCAGUUCCUUUGCAUCCACGGUGGUCUUAGUCCGGAAUUACAUACCCUCGACGACAUCCGAGCUAUCGACCGAUUCCGUGAGCCACCCACUCAGGGCCUCAUGUGCGACAUCUUGUGGUCCGAUCCAUUGGAAGAGUUCGGCCAAGAGAAGACGAACGACUUUUUCACACACAACCAUGUCCGCGGGUGCUCUUACUUCUUCUCGUAUCCUGCUGCCUGCAAUUUCCUCGAAAAGAACAACCUUCUCUCGGUUAUCCGAGCCCACGAAGCGCAAGAUGCUGGAUACCGUAUGUAUCGGAAAACAAAAACGACCGGCUUCCCCAGCGUUAUGACUAUCUUCUCUGCACCAAAUUAUCUAGAUGUCUACAACAACAAGGCUGCCGUACUGAAAUACGAAAAUAAUGUUAUGAAUAUCAGGCAAUUUAAUUGUACACCCCAUCCGUACUGGCUACCUAACUUCAUGGAUGUCUUUACCUGGUCACUCCCCUUCGUCGGCGAGAAGAUCACCGACAUGCUUAUCGCUAUUCUCAACACCUGCUCUAAGGACGAACUCGAAACCGAAACACCGCUCUCUGCUGAACCUUCCUCGCCUCCAAUUAGCGAAUCGGGUGGGGAUCCAGAAAAUCUCGAAGCCAAACGCCGCGCCAUCAAGAACAAAAUUUUGGCCAUUGGUCGUCUUUCGCGUGUUUUCCAGGUCCUCCGUGAGGAAUCAGAAAGUAUCACAGAGCUUAAAACCGCCGCCGGUGGCAAGCUACCGGCUGGUACAUUAAUGUUGGGUGCUGAAGGUAUCAAGAAUGCGAUUCACGGAUUUGAGGAUGCCAGAAAGGUCGACUUGCAAAAUGAAAGGUUGCCACCUACUGCCGAGGAAGUUAACACCAAGGAGGAGGAAUCGAGAAAGGAAGCGAUCCAGAAAGCAGUCCAGAGCGCCGAUAAGGACCCGCAACUAAACAAGAUCGCCAGAAGGAUCAGCAUGUAA